GAACCGGCGAUAGUUAAGGCUAAGGCUAGUCUCUAUGACAAGCUUCUGCUAGUUGAUCUGCCGCUGUCCUGGACGCUGCCUAUCGUCCUCUCCAAGGCGGACUACGACAUGCGUUACCCUAACCACACCAAGAUGAUUGUCUAUAAUAGAGUUAAACUGCAAAAGUACUCGCCGUACUCCCAGCCCAACGGUGUUGUCUCCCUGAUGACCAUUUAUGAGGAUCGAGAGUUGGAGCACGCCCUAGAGAAGCGCGAGGUUUUUGCCUGGCGACGUGACAAGCUGCUUGAGCGCAUUACAGACCUCACAAAUUCCUGGGUAACGGAGAAGUUUGACCACGGCCGAAUGUCUGAUCAGCUGAAGGAGCAUGGCUAUCGGGCGACUGCAACUGGACCCGAGGCAAAACGCUACAUGGUCUUCUAUGAGAAGGUCCGUGUAGACGGUCUAAUGAAGCGAGAGCGUGUGGCCAAUGAACUGAAGGAGUGGUACGUUAAUAGGCGUGAUCGUCUAGUCUACCGCGAAACAAAAUACGGCAGGGCUGUGAAAAAGUUUGGACCUGGUAAAACUGCAAUUCUGGCUGCAGCUGGAGCAGCUGGUAAGGUGGCCCUGCAAACUAGCGUGGACCCCAACACCAAACCAAAGACCAAUGUUGCCAUCUACAACAUGCUGCUUGACCUGAUGGCCCUCGAGGAGCAGGUUAAGGAAACAGUUCGACGCUCUGAAAAGGAGGUUCAGGCCAUCCUAUCCCUGAGGGAGAGUGAAGAGGCAAACCCAAAGUUGGACAUUGGGCUGUUUGAUACUCUGCGCAAUCAGGAAAUGCACAACCUGCGCAUCGCCCUGGAGGAGGCCGCGGAGAACGAGCGAAAACGCCAGAAGGAGAAGGAGCUGGACUACCUGGCACCCUACCUCGAAAUGAAGGAUGCCAUCCUGAAUGAUCUGACCCGCGAACAGGCCUUCUCCGUGCGUGAGGCCUGUCUGCAGGAUCUGAAGGAACGCCUCAUCAAGAAGGCGAACAUUAUUCAGGUGCGCUUCGAAGGUGAGGUGCAGGCCCUGCAGCAGAAACAGCAGUGGUUCCAGCUGAACCAGAUCAACCUCACCAAGGAGGAUGAGCAGGCCUACUUGCAGUACUGCAACGAUGCCAUAUUCCGCAUCACCACGCUGGAGACCAUGCUGAUGCGACACAAACAGACAGCACCGCAAAAGUACAUGAUGCUGGAGAAGAGACUGCGCUCGGAUCCACGGUUGGCCGAAUUCCUGCAAAAUGGUUGA